AUGGGACCAGUGUUCCAUGAAGCUAGCCAGUAUAGCAAUGCUCUCCAUCUAUCUAAGGCAGCAGAUAUCCUGAGAAAAGAAAUGCUCCAGCACAAGACAAAAUUCAGCAGCAAGCUCAAAGAUGGCUUUGGUGAGGAGGCUAUCCCACCUGCACUUCUUCAGUUCAUGUGCAGCAUUGAACAUGGGCUGUUCACUACGGCCGCUGUCGACAGCAUUGAUCAUAAUCCCACGGCCACCACAGCUAGCACGUCAUUCCAUGGUACAAGUAUUUCCAUGUUCCAGCACCCAAGUAAGGAAAACAGAGGAGAACAGCGAGUUUCACCGGAAAUAACAGACAGUAGGACAAGAAAGGUUCCUGAGCUUCCAGAGCAUUAUACAAACAUCGCGCCAGCCUACUUCAAGAAGAACCCAACCCCAGCCUCAGUAGAUGAAGUAUCACUGCCUGACCCCAGUCUCUUCCAAAGGAACAUAAGAGUCAAAUACGAAUGGUUGGAAAAAGUUCAAGGUACCACUGAUGUAGAUGAUGUAUCCAAUAUAACAUGGUCAGCUCAUCAUGUGAGCCAGAAACGGACUAGCGAAUAUGAAACCAGCAUCACUUCCUUGCUACCUCUUCUCCGAGAUCAAGCUCAUAGCAUUGCCACAAUAAAGCAUGCCAUGAAGAAAGUAAGGGAAGCUGUAGCAUUUCUUAACCCAGGGCAAACUCCCGUCCUGGCAGCUGAUCAACCACUCUAUGCCAUGGCAAAAGAAAUACAGUGGUACUGGCCAGAGGAAUAUGGGGAAGACAAGUUUGUGAUCAUGUUUGGUGGGCUGCACAGCAGUGAAGUCUAUUGGGUCGAUGCUAACAGACAGUGGAUGGACAAGUGCACUUGUUGA